GUUACUUACAUAUCAAAAGUAGCCAUCAUGACAGACACUAGUAGAUAUCAGAGGUUGGAAGAUAAUGACGUAGCGGGUGUGGAAGACAGUGAAAACGAUGUUACACUGGAACGAGCGCAGUCUACUACGACAUCCGGAUUUAGCGCAGCCCCUCAGUAUGAGGCAGUUAGUACCGACGCAGAUCAAGAGUUAGAUAAAGAGCCAAUAAACGAGUCGACUAGUUUAGUAGCACACACACCAAGUAUCAGCCAAAGCCCUGGCGGUAUAAACAUGGACGUACCUCCGCCCGUGUAUAGUAAGAACGGCGUGUCAGGUACUGCAGACGUGGAGAAGAAUCUACCUACAUAUGAAGACUAUGAGAAAGCACACGAGCAUGAAGACGAGUUCGACACCAAUCUACCAGAGCCCUAUACUAUGCCUAUUGAAUACAGUAUGCGCGAAAACGGCCCAACUGUGACAGUAUACGAAGGUUUUGAUUUGGCCAUCGGGGACGAUUCAACUUUUGUUGCUACCAUGUUCAUAUCCUUUUUCUUAAAUUGGCUCGGCUUUUUACUGGCGUAUGUAUUCAGUCGCACCAUUGCUGGCAAGUGCGGGGCUACCUCAGGCUUUGGUCUGGGUCUCAUUAAGCUGGUGCUAGUAGUUAAGGCGAGUACAGAUGACCAUCAGUCAUCAUCGCAUUCAUCCAGCAGUACUGACAAGCAGGACGAGCAGUUUGCGAGUUGGUUCAUGUGGAUGCUGGUGUUCUUCGGCUGGUUCACUUUUGUAAGAGGUAUCACCAUAUACCUGAAGUACAAGCGCGAGUUUGCUGCUGUUAGGUCUGAGAUCUCUGCUAUUUAAAAAUCGAUUAUCUCUAAAUAGUAAGUAUGUUUGAUUGUCUUCGACGGUUCUCAACUCUCGGGGAUAAGAAGGCUUUGAAUAGCGACGGUUCACAACCCUCGGGGAUAAGAAGACUUUAAAUAGCAAAAGUACGCCAUGCGUUUCUGCUCAGGCGUAGUCCCGUAGGAUCACUGGGCCACAAACGAAGGAUCUGCGCAAGAAGCUGAUGAUUGAAAAAUCAAGGACGAUUUGGUCGUAUGUGGUAUAUAGAUAAAGAAUAUAUAUAUAUAUAUAUAUUCAGUAUAUGCAUACGAAAAUCUUUGUGUAUAAAUUUGCAGGUGUAUAAAUUAUACGUGUGGGGGCUGGGUUGUCGUCGACAAGUCCAAUCUAUUCCUUGACGUGUAGUAUAUGAUUAUCCCUGGCCGGCCUUAUGGUAGCUGUGGUUGCUACGAAGACGCAGACUAAACAUUGCACGCCAGGACUGAAAAGUGGCAACAAACGGUGGGAGUAAUAUAGCGGUCGGAUGGUUAAAUAAAUCAGC